GUUACUUGACAACGAAAUAGAUAGAGACUUCCAAAUGAUGCUUUUACCUUUGAACAUUCUGGAAUUCCUCUACUGCCAACCGAAAUUCCAGAUUACACGAACAUAUAUCGCUCCAAACGGCAUACGAGAAAAUCUGCUUUGUACAUUAGGUGUUCUUAUAAUGAUCCUUGCGAAUGUAAGCUAUGUAUCUAUUAACAGUUACAUUCCUGGCAAUGACGAAGUAAGUGAAGUGGUAAAUUUUGUUUUUUGUACCGAUGCAGCAUUUUACAUUGUAUAUAGUCUAUUACUAUACGCCAUGAACAUAAUCCAAACAGAAAAAUAUGUGCAACUCAUUAUUAAAAUGCAGAAUGCUUAUAGAAUACUCCAUAAUAAAAAUGGUUUGAAAAGAUUCCAAAAGAGCAACUGGAUCUUUGUUGUUGGUGUAUUCCUUUUCUAUUUCUCAUACAAUUUAAGUUAUACAGUCUUUAAUAUUUAUCGAGUAGCGCAUCUCUUUUAUAACUUAGUUUUAUUCUACUUUGACGUGAAUAUUAUUGUCGCUAUACGGAUAGUAAUGUUUUUGGAAUAUGAGCUAAUACUUUGGAAAAAUGAAUUGAAUGAAUUUCUGAAAACUUGUUCGACGACGAAUCACAAACAGCUUGUCAAACACUUAGCGGAUGUCAGUCAUAAAGAAAGACUACUUUUGAGCGCUUAUUCAGACAUCUAUGGAGCUUUUAACCUAUGCCGCAGUGUUUUCGGCAUGUCUGUGAGUACCUUUUUAAUUACUUACUGA